UUAACAUCUUGAUCUUCGGUGAUGGACCCUGAAGCAACUUCAGUUUAUUUGGAUUAUUAUUAUGCCACCAGCCCAAACUCUCAUACCAAGGAGACCCGCUCGCAAGUUCCUUACACUUCUGUGUUCCUUUCUGUCUUUUACACAGUUGUGUUCCUCACUGGAGUGCUGGGCAACCUCAUCCUCGUUGGUGCACUGCAUUUCAAACGUGGCAGCCGAAGACUAAUUGACAUCUUUAUCAUCAACCUGGCUGUCUCUGACUUCAUUUUUCUGGUCACAUUGCCUCUCUGGGUGGAUAAAGAAGCAUCUCUAGGACUGUGGAGAACAGGCUCUUUUCUGUGCAAAAGCAGCUCUUACCUGAUCUCGGUCAACAUGCACUGCAGCAUCUUCUUGCUCACUUGCAUGAGUGUUGACCGCUUCCUGGCCAUCAUGUAUCCAGCCAUAUCGAGGAAACUCAGAAGGAGAGACUGUGCAUAUGGAGUCUGUGCCAGCAUCUGGUUCAUCUCCGGCCUUCUAGGGUUGCCUACUCUUCUGUCCAGGGAGCUCACGCUGAUUGAGGAUAAGCCCUAUUGUGCAGAGAAGAGAGCCACUUCAGUGAAACUGAUAUGGGCUCUGGUCACCUUAAUUUUCACCUUUAUGGUCCCCUUGCUGAGUAUUGUGACCUGCUACUGUUGCAUCACAAGGAAGCUGUGUACUCACUACCAGCAAACGGGAAAGCACAACAAAAAGCUGAGGAAAUCCAUAAAGAUCAUCUUUAUUGUUGUGGCAGCCUUUGUCUUCUCCUGGCUGCCCUUUAAUACUUUCAAGCUCCUAGCCAUUGUUUCUGGAUUGCAAAAUGGACUCCACUUUUCAUCAGCUGCUCUUCAGCUUGGGAUGAAGGUGAGUGGACCCCUGGCAUUUGCCAACAGCUGUGUGAAUCCCCUGAUUUACUAUAUCUUUGACAGCUACAUCCGUCGGGCCAUUGUCCACUGCUUGUGCCCUUACUUGAAGAGCUCUGCCUUUGGGAGCAACACUGAGUCAUCAGACAGUCACCUCCCCAGGGCUCUUUCCAACUUCAUCCCUGAAGAGGAUUUUAUAAGAAGAAGAAAGAGGUCUGUGUCACUGUAAGAGGAGCUAUGACAUUUCAAGCUU